AUGGACUCUUCCUAUACUGCAUUUUGGCAUACGUGGUGUCGGUUGUGCGCUAAAGAAGGCGCAGAUAACAGCAUCCCCACAACCGAAAUAAAUGACGCCUUGGCGAGAUAUUUUUUGGUACGCACGUCGAACAACGGUGGUUUGCCGAAUUGUUUAUGUUCUGAUUGUCUGACUUUAGUUACAUCUACAAUGAAAUUCAGUAAGCACGUCCAGAGGGUGCAGGAGAUGUACACAUUUUUAUCGGAAAAUCCCAACGAAUAUUACGAUUUUGAGUCCAUUCGUGUCCGUUUCCAUAUAUAUGAAUAUGAUAGAAAUCGUCGUAAUUCGAAAACAAGUACCUUUAAGGAUAAUCAGAAUUUCAUAGAUGCCGUUAAUGGGACAGACGGCGGCGACAUCAGCAGUGAUCAAAAUAUGUUAGAGAAAUGUUCCGGUGAAGCUUCAUAUAAAUUAGUAGAUGAACAAAAUAUUGGAGAUAUUGGGGGUCAUUGCGGUGUCACUUGCAGCUAUGAUACAGACGAAGUUAUAGAUCCAUUUGAUGAUCGAAGUAAUGAUGCUCCAAAUGGCGAGGCAAAUUCAAAACCGGAGGAAGAAUACCGUUAUGUACACAUGUGUAAUAAAAAAACGAAAAAGACCAAGCGAAAAACUGCAAGGCUACAAAAAGCAAGAAGGGGAACUCCACAGGUUUACACCGACUUUCAAUUGAAUGGUGAAUGUAAAAUAUGUGGCGAACUUCUGAAUUUGUAUUCCUCAUGCGUUGAGCAUAUGCGACAAAACCACGGAUUCACUGAUAAAAAACACUGGGAGUGUCCCUUAUGUGAGAGGAAACUUCAAUCAGAUUACAAUUUUGAACGUCAUAUGCGUACCCACAUACCUGUGGAGGAGCGUAAAACGAAACAAUGUACAUUAUGUGCAUCUAGAUUUACAUCCAAAGCUCAAUUGGAAGCACACAUGCACCACAAACACACAAAUGAUAAACCAUUCGUAUGUGAAGUAUGCGGUCUAAGUUUGAGAACCUAUUCGAACUUGAGACAACACCAAAUGAUCAUACAUUCAGACAUAAAACCCUUCGAAUGUGAUGUAUGCCAAAAGAAGUUCAAAAACAGUUACCGUCUAAAGAUUCACAUGGAUACCCACAGUCCUAAUAAGCAUGUAUGUUCCCAAUGUGGACUUCAACUGAAUUCGAGAGCUACCCUUAAUCGACAUUAUUUGGUACAUUCCGAUGAAAUGAAACAUAAUUGUGACUAUUGCGGCAGGGCGUUCAAGCGAGCAAAAGCUCUUAAAAAUCAUUUACUACUGCACACGGGUUUGAAGCCAUACGCUUGUGAAUUUUGUGAUCGCACGUUUGCAAAUGGAUCAAAUUGUCGCAGUCAUAUGAAAAAACUGCAUCCCGAUCAAUUGGCCGCAUUAGAGGCAUCCGGAAAUAAGUCGCAUACAAAAAAUAUUCCAAAAUUAGAAACAUUGAAAGCAGUAACCAAAGCAGCUGACAAUUUAACACCUGUCGUUACAAAAUUUAGUGGAUGUUUCGCGUUUGGAAAGAAACCGAGAUUGGAGUCAUCCGAAAUUUUGUAUAAUUUAAAAACGCAAUGCAGCCCCAACAAAUCGAGUUCUCAACAACACGAAGACCAUUCAAUACCGCAGGACGGAAUUCAUUCAUCUUCACAAAAUGUGUUAUCCUGCAAUGGGUCUCCUGUGCCUGAUGAAAUUCUCACUACCCCAACUAUACUAAAUAAUGUGGAAUUGGAUACUGAAAAAACAACAACGCUCUCAUUAAGCCAACAAACCUUUCAAUUUGUAAAGAGUCCAAGGAGUAUAUGCCAGUUUCAAGAACCGAAUCUGUAA